ACGCUGUGCUGUUGUAGAUGGCAUCAUUUCUGAGUAUCAGAAGGAAAGGACACAUUUUAAUUAUGAUAGUGAUAGUGAAGGUGCUAGGAUUUAUAACAUGCUUGAGACAGCGGAAGAACCUGAAUUCUUAAUGGCAGAUAUGAGUCCAGAGCAGCUUAGUUCUUUUGCUGCGUAUAAGGCCAAAUUAAAUGCAAACAGACAAUCAGAAAAGGAAAAGUCGAUAGAAAAAGCUUUGAAAGAUGCUGGCUUGGGACAUAGAGAAGUCACACCAUUUAUGAAGUUACGAGUUGUUGGAUUAACUUAUAAAACUCGACAAGACAAACCUAAAGAAGGCACAGUAACAAUCUGGAAUCCAACUGAGAAGCAGCGUCUGGAGUUGGAGGAAGGAGGAGCAUAUGCCAUUGCAGGACUCAUGCCGUCAAGUUCUGAUUUGAAUAUCCUCCAGUUGCAUGCUAGAGGAUCUUCUACCAAGUGGUGGCCUUUAUCUUCUAAUGCAAGAGAACAGUUUAAGCCAUUUUUCUGCAGUAGAAAAUCAACCCCGUUGUCAAGGUUGGGUGACAUCCCUCUUUCCAAUGAGUUUGACAUUGCUGCAUACGUUGUGCAUGUGGGAGGGGUUUAUAUAUCAAGUCAGCAAAAGAAGCAAUGGGUGUUUGUGACCGAUGGAUCCAUCAUGAAUGAUUUACAGUCAGAAAAGUUAAUCGACUCCUUGCUUGCUAUCUGCUUUUGCUCUCCAUUAAUUGAUCAAGAUUCAUCAUUUCCACUAAUAAGCUACAACCUUGCAGGAUCCACGGUUGGUUUGUGUAAUCUUAUAAAAAAGGAAAAGGACCACAAAAACCACAUCUGGGUUGCUGAUGCCAAUGAAAACUCUGCUUAUUAUUUGAAUUUUGAUUCCUCAAACCUUUCUCACCUCAGAAAUGCUGCUAGCUCAGUCAGAGGAUGGGCAAGCAAUUCUAGUUUGAUAAUAGAGAAAUUGAAGGAAAAGGUGUUGCGUGUGAAGUACCAAAAUCUCACUCACAAUAUAUGGUGGUGUCCUG